GAAAAGAGAAUCUGGAGCCACAAUUCGAGAGAGAGAAACUGAAAAAUCAGAAUGGGAAAAGCGAAACAGUACUUCCUUUUGAAGACAGAGCCAUCAGACUGGUCAUGGGAGGACCAAGCCUCCAAUGGAGGCAUCACCAAAUGGGACGGCGUCAAGAACAAGCAAGCUCAGAAAUACCUCAAGUCCAUGGCCCUCCACGAUCUCUGCUUCUUCUAUCACUCCGGCGCUAAGGCCCGCCGCGUCGUCGGCGUCGUGACCGUCAUCCGUGAGUGGUACGUGGAGGGUGAAGACGGCGCUGUGGACGUGAAGGUGGUUGGGGAAAUGAGGAGGCCGGUGGACCUGAAGGAGAUGAAAGGGGACGGAGGAUUGAAGGACUUUGCACUGUUCAAGCAGCCUCGGCUCUCUGUUGUCCCGGUCUCGGAGGAUAUCUGGAAAAAAAUCUGUGAGUUGGGAGGUGGCUAUGAAGGGGACGGUCAAGACGGAACGGAGGGCGAGGAGGAUGAACUGAAGGAGACGCCGAAGAAGGAGAAUAAUUAGGGUCCUUGGGGAAAUGGCAUGAUAGGUUUUUGUAGAUUUGCCUGCUUGAUCUGUGUGGUUUAGACUUUUGCAUGGUGGGACAGAAAUGUAAAAUGGGGAAGAAGAGGGAUCAGAGUAAUCUUUUUUGUUCGGUUUGUGGGGAUGAAAUUGCUUGUUGGAUGGGCGUUUGUAAAUAUGCCUCCUCCCUGAUCCCUGGUUAGGUCUUUUUGCUUGGCUUUGUAACGAAUCGUUUUUAGUCUGGCUAGAUUUGUUACGUUA